UCUGACAGGCGGGCAUGGGGAGAGCGCCCCGUGGGGACAUCUGGCCUCUGGGACUCUUGACUGGGGUCUGAAAGGUCUGGUCCUGGGGUCUCCGGAGUCCCUGCCACCUCUUCACCCCGGGUUUUGGGGACCCUGACUCCAGGGAUUCCUUCGCUGGCGAAUCUUGGGAGUCAGCGCGUUCUUGCGGUGGAGGAGGGCUGUGGAGGCAGGUGCCAUGGUGACAGAGCAGGAGGUGCAGACAAUCGGGCAGAUGCUGGUGGACCCCACACAGCCCCUGCAGGCCCGCUUCCGGGCGCUUUUCACGCUGCGUGGACUCGGUGGCCCCAGCGCCAUCUCCUGGAUAAGCCAGGCCUUUGACGAUGGUUCUGCCCUCCUCAAGCACGAGCUGGCCUACUGCCUGGGCCAGAUGCAGGAUGCCCGCGCCAUCCCUGUGCUGGUGGACGUGCUGCGCGACACCCAGCAGGAGCCCAUGGUGCGCCACGAGGCUGGGGAGGCUCUGGGGGCCAUUGGGAACCCAGAAGUUCUGGAACUUUUGAAGCAGUAUUCUACUGACCCGGUGGUUGAGGUGGCCGAGACAUGCCAGCUGGCUGUGCGGCGUCUGGAGUGGCUGCAGCAGCACCCUGGGGAGCCGGUGACCUCAGGGCCCUACCUCUCGGUGGACCCGGCCCCCGCUGCUGAGGAGCGCGACGUAGGGUGUUUGCGUGAGGUGCUGCUGGAUGAGGCCCAGCCACUGUUUGAUCGCUACCGUGCCAUGUUCGCCCUGCGCAAUGCUGGGGGUGAGGAGGCUGCCCUGGCGCUGGCUGAGGGCCUGCGCUGUGGCAGCGCCCUGUUCCGUCACGAGGUGGGCUAUGUGCUGGGCCAGCUGCAGCACGAGGCAGCCGUGCCAGGGCUGGUGGCCGCCCUGUCCCUGCACACCGAGAGCCCCAUGGUGCGGCAUGAGUGUGCCGAGGCCCUGGGCGCCAUUGCCCAGCCGUCCUGCCUGGCCGCUCUGCGGGCCCAUGCUGCUGACCCCGAGCGUGUGGUGCGUGAGAGUUGCGAGGUGGCCUUGGACAUGUACGAGCAUGAGAACGGGCCGGCCUUCCAGUACGCCGAUGGCCUGGAGCGCCUGCAUCCUCACCCCGGGACGCCACCCCUCAAGCCUUGACCCGGACCCCGGACACCGUCUGCCUGCUCUCUCCUGGACCCUGGCCACUGGCCCAUCCACCCCAGAUGCUGGCUUCUCUCCCUGUCGCCUGCUGUCUGUGAACUCUGCAGGGUCACUUCUCCCCAAGAGGGUUUAGGUGUCUAACUGGGUCUGUGUGAAUUGGAUCUCAUUUACGCCCUCGGUCCGCUUGCUGGGUAUAGACUCCCCCUGCUUCCUCCCCAGCUGUCACCUUGGGCUGGCGCUUUUCCAUCCGGACUCCUGAGCACACUGGAAGCCCCCCCAAGCCUGGGGUGGGACACUGGAAAGGGAUUGGGUGUGUGGCCCUGGGUGGGGCAUCUUGAGAAGGUGGGUGUUAGAGAAGCCCAGGCUCAGAACUGGGGCUCUGGGAAGGGGCUUGAGGUGACAGUGGCCCUGGUUUUGCUAGGAUCGAGGGCAGGGCCUGGGGGCUGCUAACCUCCCACCCUGGGGUGGGCUAGGGACACAAGCAGACUGCAGGAUUGCCCAAAUGGAAUAUUAAAUUAUUUUU